AUGCCUCGAGAUCGCUCCUCUUCACGCUCCCAUCGACAUCGCUCAUACAACUCUCCCGACAUGCGACAAGUCUCAUCCGACGACCGUACUCUCCCAAUUCCAAACACAUAUAGCGAACACAAGAGAGGAGAGAAAAGACAUCACGGCAACGGCAAAAUGUCUCGAUAUAUCAAGCCUGCGGGCGAGAGUGGCCGAAAGGGCUUCCAUCCUAUUCACUUUUCCAAGAUCUCGUUCAGAUCAACCAGUCGAGCUAGUUUGCUUUGCAACUUUCUCUGGCCUUUUGUCCCUGCUGCUAUUGCUGUUCGCUAUGCUAUGCCCAAUAAUCAUAUCACCAUUUUCGCGCUGGCCUAUAUCGCCAUGGUCCCGUGUGCCAAUUUGAUCGGAUUUGCUGGUCAGGAGCUUUCACGAAAGCUGCCUCAUGUCUUGGGUGUCCUUCUCGAGAUCACCAUUGGUUCUAUCGUCGAAAUUAUUCUUUUCAUGGUUCUCCUCUCCAAGGAUAUGUUCUUCGUUAUCAAGGCGGCCAUCAUGGGUUCAAUUCUUGCUACCAUGCUACUCUGCCUCGGUGCUUGCUUUUUCGUUGGUGGCAUGUUGAAAGAAGAACAGGAAUUUAACGAGGCUAUCAGCGAAGCCGGAAGCGGACUACUUCUUACUGCUGGUGUUGUUCUUGCCCUUCCCACUGUCUUCGAGUACGGUGUUGGCAAUGGCGCCCCAAACCUCGAUCACAGGACACUCCAAAUUUCGCGCGUCAUCUCGGUCCUUCUGAUCAUCGCCUACCUUGUAUAUGUCUUUUAUCAGGCUCGAACUCACCAUGGUAUUUACGCCGCUGUAUUCGAACAGGAUGAGCACAAUGAUCGAGACAAGCACAAGGACCAAGCCAAGGCCAAGCUCACACUCACCGAGUGCAUCAUCGCUUUGGUCAUUGCCGUAGGUCUUGUUGCUUGGACGGCGGUUAUUCUCGUCAUGCAGAUCGAAUCUGUCAUCAAACGGGGUGAUGUCAGUGACGCUUUCAUGGGCCUUAUUCUUGUUCCACUUGUUGAGAAGCUGGCGGAGCACUUGACUGCCAUCGAUGAGGCCUGGGAUAACCAAAUCAAUUUGGCGAUGUCCCACGUGCUUGGGGCUACAUUACAAACUGCUCUCUUUAACGCUCCUCUUGCUGUCGUUGUCAGCUGGGGCCUCAACAAGGGUCUUGAUCUCAACUUCGCAGUUUUCGACCUCGUCAUGCUCAUCCUCGCCAUUCUAACCGUUGGUAGAUUCCUUCAAGAUCAGAAGAGCAACUACCUGGAAGGCUUUUUGCUCAUUAUUCUGUACGUUGCAAUCGCCGUUGCAGCAUUCUACUAUCCAAACCCAACUGGCCAUGGAUCUGAGGGAGGUGCUGAAAGUAGUUCUGAGGGUGGACAUCGAUAA